UCCUAUUCCUACACAAUUACGGAAACAAAUAAAAUCCUACAUAAUUUUCUCAUCUAUAUAAACAAUUAAAAACUCAAAUUAGCUAUCAUAUAAUAUAAUCAAAUUGUUGUGAAUCAAAUUUAGUGUUUUGGAGCAAAUUUACUAUCAACAAUGACAACUCUUGCUGAUUCAUUCUUAGCAGAUUUGGACGAAUUAGACGAUAAUACAAUUGAUGUUCAUCUACACAUGGAGGAAGAUAAAUACGAAAAUUUAGUGUUUAAUUAUCAUGAUGAUUAUGAUCUAGAUGAUUUUUUGAAGCUACAAAAAUCACGUCAUUACAUCGACACAAUGCAAAAGGUGGAACACUCCUUAAUUUUCGCGAAUAAAGGUGACGUUCUUCUUGAAUAUGAUGAUCCAGAAUACAAGUUGAUAGUAGAUUGUAACGCGUUAUCAGUUGAUAUCGAUGAUGAAAUUGACGUAAUCCAUGAUUUCAUACGUGACAAGUAUCGAUUGAAAUUUCCAGAGUUAGAUUCACUUGUUAAUCAUCCGAUUGAUUAUGCUAGAGUUGUUAAAAAGAUUGGCGAUGAGAUGGAUUUAACUCUUGUUGAUUUGCAGGGAUUGUUACCUUCAGCUGUUAUCAUGGUUGUUACUGUUACUGCAUCAACUACUAAUGGCAAGCCAUUGCCGGAGCGCGUAUUGGAAAGGACAUUGGAAGAAUGUGAUAGAAUCUUAGACCUGGAUUCGUCGAAGAAGAAGGUAGUUGAUUUUGUUGAGAGUCGAAUGAAGUGUAUUGCUCCUAAUUUGUGUGGUGUUGUUGGAAGUGCAGUUGCCGCGAAACUUGUGUGUUGUGCUGGUGGUUUAAUGUUAUCGGCGAAUAUGCCUUCUGAUAAUAUCAGGUGUCUUGGUGCUAGAAGGAAGAAUUUAGCAGGGUUUUCCAAAGCUUCCACACCGCGAUUCUGUUAUUUUGAUGAGACGGAUAUAUUUCAGAGUACACCUCCUUCGUUAAGAGGGAAAGUUCGCAAAAUACUGGCAGAUAAAUGUAGUUUAGCAGCUCGUGUGGACUUGAGCAAAACGGGAAGAAUUGAUUUUAAGGAAAAGAUUUGUAAAAAGAUCGAAAAGUUGCAAGAGUUGCCGCCUGCAAGGCUGCCAAAGGCUCUACCGGUUCCUGAUUUUACAUCUAGGAAGAAGUGAGGUGGUCGUAGGCAUAGAAAGAGGAAAGAAAGAUAUCAGGUUACAGACGCGCAGAAGCUAAGAAACAGGAUGCAGUUCAGGGUACCUGAAGAAAGUUCGUUAGGGGAUGGAAUAGGGGUGGGAUAUGGCAUGCUUGGUCAGGCUGGGAGUGGCAGGUUGCGUAUAUCAGCUCGACAGAGCAAGAAAAUAGCAAAGAUUUCAGAGGCGAAGAAGAGUUAUGGUAGCACCGGUGCAUUCACAUCAGGCCUGAGUUCAAGUUUAGCCUUCACACCAGUACAAGGGAUCGAGCUAGUGAACCCUCAGGCGCAUUCAGACCAGCUUGGUAGCGGAACUCAAAGCACCUAUUUCUCCGAGACUGGAACCUUUUCUAAGAUCAAGGGACAAAAGGCCCUUUCGGGUGUUUGAGAUGGCAAGUUGUAACUGGUAAAGUUGCCUCUAUGUGACCAGGAGGUCACGAGUUCAAGCCUUGAAAACAGCCUCUUGCAGAAAUGCAAGGUAAGGCUGCGUACAAUACACCCUUGUGGUGCGCAUAGCGGGAGCGUUAGUACACCGGCUGCCCUUUUGUCUAUUUGAGUGUCAUCCAUUUUUCACUGUUCUUCAAGAUUGUCUUCUAAUUCCAGGUUGGUUGUCUCCCUAUUCCAAGUAUUUGAUGCAUACAUUGAUCUUAUGGUAGACAAUGUUGUAGACAUUAGCAUAUGACUAGAACUAGCAUUAAGUUACUUUAUAGCUUUAUGUUUACU